UGGAGUGUCAGUUGCAUGAUCUGCGCGAGAAUGAACAAGAUAUGAACAUGCAAUGACUAAUGAGAGAUGGAUAAUAACUAUCAGUUUAUGUGCAGAAGCCUUUUAUUGGUUUUCGCGAUACUAUUUGCAGUUGUAAUGGUGGUUCAGCAUUUGGAACUCCCAUAUGGCAGUGAAUUACUACCAUCACUACUUCUGACAAAAGUAUCAAACAGUACAAAUGGCGCUAUUCCAGUUGGAGGAGAGGCAUCGGAUGAUGUAUCAGUAAGGAAUCAGAGUUUUGAGGAUGGUCUCGGAUUAGGUAGUAGUAAUCAAACUUCUGUUCAGAACAAUGGGGGGAAUAGGGGGGAAUUGAAGGAUGGUGGAAGUUCUGUUGGUAAUGGCAUGCAGGAGAGGCCUAGAGAUGCUGAGCAAAAUGUGUCUUCAAAUGGAUUUUCUGAGAGGGGAAAUUUCUCUCGGCCUUCUUAUCAGAAUGGAAGUUCAGAUUCUGGCUUAGCAGUACCACCAGCAGUUCCAGCCUCGUAUACAAAGACGGACUCCAACUUAUCAGCUCCUGUAAUGUCUGCUGAACAAAACACGUAUUCAGUACCUAACGAUGUCGUGUCCAGUUCUUCUAGAGAAGUGAUGCCGAUAGCCAAGAUGAAUGAAUUUUUGCAUCAGAGUUACUCAUCGCCUCAUUCUCUUCCAUCACAGUUUUACACAAAAGUUGACAAGAAUCUAGUAGAUGCGAGAUCACAUAUAGAGAAUAGCCCCACCAUACAUAAUGAUACAGACCUUCAUGCACCUCUGUAUCGUAAUCUUUCAAUGUUUAAAAGGAGCUAUGAAAUAAUGGAGGGCCAGCUCAAAGUCUAUAUUUACAAGGAAGGAGAGAAACCGAUCUUUCAUGACUUCAUACUUGAUGGAAUCUAUUCAAGUGAAGGUUGGUUUUUGAAGCUACUAGAAGCAAACAAACAGUUUGUAACACAAGAUCCUGGAGAAGCUCACCUGUUUUACUUCCCUUUCAGCUCUCGGUUGCUUCAGUUAACUCUUUAUAAGAAACGUUCACACAACCGUAAAAAUCUUAUUCAGUACAUGGAAAAUUACUUGGAGAUGCUCAUAGCGAAAUAUCCUUACUGGAACAGGACUGAUGGAGCAGAUCAUUUCCUGGCAGCUUGCCAUGAUUGGGCCCCGUCAGAGACAAGGGGAAGAAUGCUCAAUUGCAUUAGGGCUCUCUGCAAUUCGGAUGUCAACAAAGGUUUUGCUGUAGGUAAAGAUGUCUCACUUCCGACAAUAUAUGUUCAAUCACCUCAAAAUCCUUUAAGGGAUAUUGGAGGCAACCCUCCUCUAGAAAGGCCAAUCCUGGCGUUCUUUGCUGGCUACAUGCAUGGAAAGGUCCGUCCAGUUCUUCUACAACACUGGGGAAAUGAUCCCGACAUGAGAAUCAUCCCAAGAAUGCCGCAUGUUAAAGGUAACAAGAACUACAUCGACAACAUGAGAAGCAGCAAGUACUGCAUUUGUCCUAGAGGUUACGAGGUGAACAGUCCAAGAGUUGUGGAAUCAAUCUUCUACGAAUGUGUCCCUGUUAUUAUAUCCGAUAACUAUGUGCCUCCUUUAUUUGAGGUCUUGAACUGGGAAUCCCUUGCUGUUUUUAUCUUGGAGAGGGAUAUUCCAUAUAUGAAGAAUAUUUUACUUUCGAUCUCAGAGGAAAAGUACCUUGAAAUGCAGAACAGAGUGAAAAGGGUUCAGAAACACUUUCUGUGGCAUGCUGAGCCUAUAAAGUACGAUAUGUUCCAUAUGAUUCUGCACUCCAUUUGGUAUAAUAGAGUUUUCCGGAUAGCUCCUGUUUGAGAACUGUACA